UUAAUAAUUCAGUAAUUCUGGUCCUCCUCCCUCCUUCGUCUUCUUCUUCUCUCCUUUGAUUUUUUCUAGAUUUCUCUGCAUCUACUUGUGGGUGGCUCAUGGAGUCAGCGCCACCAAAAGCGACUGAGCCGCCACACCAACACGCCCCAUCCUCCUCCUCGUCUUCAUCUUUGGCACUUUCAUUGGAAGGAUCAGUGUCGAAUAAUAAUGUGCACGAAACCAGGUCCUCUCCUUUUGCAGGAAAUUCAACCACAGGUCUCAUGGGGAAACACAGAAUGUCUGCUGCCAUUUCUUUUCUCAAUCAGCAAAUCCAAUCAAUUCAGGAGGAGCUGGGUCAACUGGAAACUCUUGGUAGAUCCUCUGCUGUAUGCGAAGAGCUGAUCUUGAGCGUAGAGUCUGUUCCAGACGCCCUGCUUCCGGCGACCAGAGGUCCAACCGAGGUUAGCUGGGAACGUUGGUUUCAGGGCGCCCAUGGCUCAGGAAACCGCCGCAGACGGUGGAUCUGAGAUUAACUGCUAUCAGAUUUCGCACUACAAAAAAGAAGCAUUUUUGAAUCGUCCUUCUCGGGUUCGUGUUCAAAUCUUAUUUAUCAUGUGCACGAGUAGAAACCUUGUAUGGAACAAGAAAAGUAACCCCUUUAAUUUGUGUGUCACGGAACAAAAUUCUACCUAUGUUUUGUCAAGAAAAAUUCUUGGCAAAAGAUGUUUUAUUUUAUUAUGAAUUUUGCUACUUGUACAUCAAAAUGGUACAUAAGCUGUCAAUGAAAAUGAUGUGUAAGAAAAAAUUGGAUGAAAACUUUA